AUGAACCAGAUAACACAAAAGGCUGCCGACGUGACUGUCGAAGUAAUCGACAAUGAACAAGACUUCACCGCCGCCUUCGAGAUAAUUUCCAAAUGCUUCGGCGAACAAACCAACGACGCCUUCUGGAAAGCCAUGAACCCUGGUUGGAAUACACCAAAGGGAAAAUCUGCAGGCAUUUCACGAAUGGUCAAACGCUAUCAAACUGUCACCAAGAAUAAUUCUGGAGAGCCGAACACAAUCCACCUCAAAGCCACUGUGCCUGAUCCUCAAAAUGCACGACAACGCGUCAUUGCUGGGUUUGCUAUAUGGGCACAGUUAUCUAUGGCUGAUGGACAAGGAGAUAAGCCCUCGACUGAUGUGACCACUGCUGCGGAUCUGGAAGACCUUUACCCAGGAAACGAAUCAGAACAACGUUUUCUGAAGCAAUGUUUCGCGUCUUUCGUGAGCCAGCGAGUGAAGACACUGGAAGAAAAGGCGAGCACCGCAUCACCAGCAACUUUCAGUCUGGAUCUUUGCGUGGUAGAUCCUUCGUUUCAGAGAAGAGGCAUUGCCAACAAGUUGGUCGAGUGGGGGUUAGUUGAAGCUAAGCGCAGAGGAGAGCUUGAGUCCACGACUGAGGGAUCUGCUAUGGGGAGAUUCGUGUACCAAAAGUUGGGCUUCAAGCCUGUGAAAGAAGUGGUGUAUGAUGUGGAUGCGGAGUUCCAGGACCGCAAGUUGCCACCGAAUCUGUUCAUGCGCACAGGCACAGUCGCCUAG